AUGGAUGCCAUCUCUUUCGUCCUCGGCAUCCGUUCAGCUCAGCUCAGGUCCAAGAGUCUGGCCGACCUGAUCUAUCGCAAAGGAGCAGAGUCAGAUGGAUCGGCAUCUCCAAGCAAGAGAAAGCGUGUCCGACCACCCCGCAAUCCUGAUGUGCCUGGCUCGAGUGAAGACGAGGGUGACCAGGAUGGCAUGCAUGUCGACGAUCCCGAUGCUGACGGGCCCGAAGAGUCAGGCGAAGAUCUGACGCUAGCCAAAGAUGCUUGGGUCAUGGCAGUCUAUCGUGACUCGGCGGGAAAGGAGCAUCUCUUCAAGCGCACCGUGACUGCAUCUGGCCAGUCGGCCUAUUAUCACAACGAUCGCAAGAUGACCUAUGACCGCUACAACGCUCUCCUCGAGAGUCAGUCCAUCCUUGUCAAGGCUCGCAAUUUUCUUGUCUUCCAAGGCGACGUCGAGGCAGUCGCUUCCCAGAGCCCAGCAGAGCUUGCACGGCUCGUCGAUCAGAUCAGCGGCUCGCUCGAUCUCAAGUCCGAUUAUGACGAGGCCAAAGACGCUUAUGCAAAAGCCACGACGGCGAGUACGGCCAAUUUCUCAAAGCAGCGCAGCUACCGUACCGAGAUCAAGCACUUUCGCGACAUGCGAGCAGAUGCCGAGCGCUUCGCUGCCCUCAAGGCCGAGCGCGCUCAGAAAAUUCAACAUGAGAUCGUAUACCGUCUCUAUCACCUGACCAAAGAUAUCGAUGCUCUAUCAGUCGGGAUUGAUAAGAUGCAAGCCAGUCUGCCAGCAAAGCAGAGAGAUAGCACCGAGAAGGAUGCACUGCUCAAGUCGAGGCGCAAGGAACUCUCUGCGGCGUCAAAGGAUGCUGUCAAAGUCGAGAAGCAGAUCAAGCGCAGAGAAGCAGAAUACGAAGAGCGUAAACCCGACAUGCUCGCACUCGAGACGCAAAUCGACCAUGCAGUACGCAAACUAGCCAAGGCGCAGAGUAUAAGUGAGCAAGUCGACAAAGAUCGCGUCGCACGCGCUACGACGCUCGCAAGUCUCCACCGAGAUCUCGACAUUGUGCGAGCUGCAGCACAGCAGCACGAGGAAGAGCAGCGACGGCUUUCCUCCCGCCAGGGCUUCUCCUUGAGCCAAGCCGAUCUCAGCGAUUACCAAAUUUUGAAAUCAGAGGCGACGACUCGCGCAGUUGCAGAGCGUCAGCAAGCAGCAAACGUAUCCCGUGAUCUCAAGGUACAAAGCGAUCGCAUUCAGGCGCUCGAAGAUAAGCUACAGCAGGCCCGCUACAAGGACGGCAAGCUCGAAGCCGAUGCUGCAGUCUUGCAAGCGAGCUUCGCACAGGUAGUCAGCAGACUUGCGCACCUCCAAAGCGCCAUCAGCAAGAAGAAGUCUGAGAUUGGCGCUGUACAAGCUGAUCGGGCUCGGCUGACACAACUUGAAGCCGAAUGCAAUGAGAAGCUGGCCGAAAAGUACAAGGCCCUCAUGCUCGCCACGGCUGCGGAAAAAGAGUCUCAGCGAGAAGCACGUCUCAAGGAAACUCUGUCUAGCUUGCGUCGCAUCUAUCCUGGUGUUCGCGGUCGACUUGUUGACCUGUGCAAGCCAACAGAAACUAAGUACAAACUCGCUAUCAGCACCGUGCUAGGCCGAAACCUGGACUCGGUGAUCGUCGAUUCGGAAAAGACAGCGAUGGAGUGCAUAGAGUAUAUGCGCAAUCAGCGAGCCGGUCAGGCGACAUUUAUUCCACUUGACACGAUCCAAGCACAGCCAAUAAGUGAAAAGUACAAGGCGCUGACCCAAGGCGCCCUUCUUGCCAUCGAUCUCAUUGUUUUCGAUCCGAGUAUUACGCCAGCUUUGCUGCACGCUUGUGGCAGUGCACUCGUCUGCGAUACUUCGGCUGUGGCAAAGCAUGUCGUCUACGAUCUCAAGGAAAAGGUCAAAGUCAUCACACUUGAUGGCACAAUCUACCACAAGAGUGGCCUCAUAACGGGUGGUCAAGACGGUACUGAAAGCGCGCGCUCGUGGGAUGCACAGUCAACCGAUCGACUUCGCCGGGAGGAGGAGGCCCUGCGCGCUCAGCUCAUCGAGCUUCGUCGCAUGAAGCCUCGUACAGAAGCAGAUGAUCGUGUGCUUACAGAAAUCACACGAUUGGAGGCCGAGCUUGCUGCCACAAAAGACGAGCAGACUGCCAUCGAGGCGCGAUUGCGCGAUAUCGGCUCAGAGCGUCUACACCUUCGCGAGUCUAUGCAACGUCUUCAGACUUCGCUCAGCAAUACAAUAGAUGUCAAGACUAGCCUGGACGAGCGACUGGCGAGCAUGACACAAGUCAUUGAUCGUGAAGAAGACACUAUCUUUGCUGCUUUCUGCGCCCGCAUCGGCAUUGCAAACAUCCGAGAAUAUGAGGGACAGCAGGUCGAGUUGGCCCGCCAUAUCAAAGAGAGUCGUUUGCGAUAUGACACACAGAUCGCGCGACUUGUCCAUCAGACAACGUUUGAUGCUCAGCAGCUUCAAGGGCUAGAAGAUCGUCUGGCUGUCUUGAAGGGAACGGCGGAUGCUCAACGUCGAGCGAUAGCCGACAUCACUGCCCAGAAAGAGCUUCUCUCAAGCGAUUUUGAGAAGAUCGAAGCCGAGAUUGGCGCGCUACGAGAAUCUGCCGUUACUGAACAAGGAGCGCUUGCCCAAAAGCAGGCGGAUGUCGACGAUGCAAAGGCUGCCAGCUCAAAGGCUGCGGCUGCGCUCGAAGAAUUGCUGCGAUCGAUUGCAAGCAAAGAGAAUGCUCGGAUCAAGGCGGGUGCCGAUCGUUUCGGAUUGUUUCGACGCUGUCGGCUCGAAGACAUCGAUUUGCCUCUCGAAGAAGGCAGACUUGAUGACGUACCGCUGGACGAAGUUGCACAGGAUGAUGACGGCAGUCCAGCUGCAACACGCGUGCAGACGUACGGCCUGCUCGUCGAUUAUGUGGAGCUCGAGGAGGCCGAGCGCGAGGAAUUCAGCGCGAAUUAUGCUGCAGAGAUGCUUGCGCAGAUUGCUGCUCUCGAUGGCGAUAUCGAGCGUAGUGCGCCCAACGUUCGAGCUAUUGAUCGACUCGACGAUGUCGAGGCAAAGCUGGCAGCGAGCGACCGUGAUUUUGAUAAGGCGCGCAAGCAAGCAAAACAGGCAGGCGAUGCUUUCAACAAGAUUCGAAAGCACCGCAGCGAGCUUUUCAACAGAGCCUUCAACCAUAUCUCAGAGCGUAUCGAUUCCGUCUACAAGGAUCUGACAAGAGGCAAGAACAGUCCCAUCGGAGGCACGGCGUAUCUCUCCCUUGAGGAUGGAGACGAGCCAUAUCUUUCGGGCAUCAAAUAUCACGCAAUGCCCCCAAUGAAGCGGUUCCGAGAUAUGGAUCAUCUUUCCGGCGGCGAGAAGACGAUGGCUGCGCUUGCGUUGCUCUUUGCUAUCCAUAGCUAUCGGCCUUCACCAUUUUUCGUACUGGACGAGGUCGAUGCAGCACUCGACAAUACCAAUGUCAGCCGCAUCGCAGAGUAUGUUCGAAGUCGGGCCAGCGAGUCAUUUCAGUUCCUCGUCAUCUCACUGAAAGCGCCCUUUUACGAGAAAGCGGCUGGACUCGUCGGUAUCUGGCGCGAUGUCGAAAACAGCACCUCUCGUACCCUGACGCUCGACGUGAAAAGGCUCUCACUCGCUGAGGAAUCAAAUCCUCGCCAGUCAGACCGAGCUCAGACCGCUUCCAUGGUUCCGAGUCGAAUCACAACAACUGUGAGGCCAGGCUUGGCGCCAGUUGAUGUACAGCAAGCAAAACAUAGGAGAUCUCGCGCAUCGCUCUUGUCACCUCGGGCGGCAUAUCUGAGCAGUCCUUCGUCCGCGAUGCACCGGAUGAUUUGUCUCUGUUUGUGCUUGGCGCUCAGUACGCUGGCAGGCGCAAACUCGGUACGGCCUGCCAGCUUCACUCAUGUACACCGACUCGAGCAUCUCGGGACGAGUAUCGUCCGUCUGCAUGAUCUGCAGUCGCCCCGGGUGCACUUUGCAAACGAUCUGUUCCUGGGUCAAGACGAGGUCUUUGCAUCGCCUGCUAUCGUCAAAUACGGCAAGCGCAACGUCAUCCGACGGCGGAUAGAUGUCGAGCAUGACUCGCACGCCACUCUCUUGACGAGACGCGGCCUCCUCGAUCGAGAGAACGAGAUCAAGCAGGUCAGGCACGAUGAUCACGCUGUGCUGCUGUCCCUGGCCCUACCCGCGAGUGACGCUUCGGAUGCCGACGAUCAUUUCUGGAUCGGUCUGCGUCCAUCUGCGGACCUACUACAUCCCACUGCACGCAUACAUUACCACUCUCAAGGCGCUCGACGGACUGAACCUCUGCUCGCAAGCCAUAUCAAGGCUUUUCAAGGUCACGUCUUCACCUCUUCCGUUAAUGCCGAAGCUUUCCUGGCCGGCGUGAUCUCAGAUGAGGCUACAAACACCGACCUUGCACGUCUGACCUUGAGCGAUCAGCCGGGCGAAGGUUGGCAGGGGAUCUUUUGGAAACAAGGCGAGUUGCAUCAACUGAUCACGAGCAAGCACUAUCAGCGGACCAAGUACCAUGACGACCCAAUGCCUGUCGGAGAUGACGAAGAUUAUGCGAUGCAUUCCCUCAUCCUUCGCGACAGAGAUCAACUCCGGGCUACCGCUGCUUCAACGUGCGGACACGACAGCCAGGCAUACAACGUCGCGCCCGAUCACGAGGUCUAUCUUGGCUCCCAGCAACUUGACUGGGAACGCCGACAUUCACAAGCGUUCCCUUUUGAGACCUUCUCCGCGGCUAGCGCUCGUGAAGCGUCGGCAAUGCUGGACGGCAUCGUACAUCAACCUCGACUGGACAGGCGGCAAAGUGGAGGCGACGUUGCUGGUGGGCUCAAUCUGUCUACCAAUUUCAUUGACGUCAUCAACUCGACCGUCGGCUGUCCGACCGAGCGCCGGGUCGUUUUUAUGGGUCUAGCUGCAGAUUGCACGUACACGCAAAAUCAAGCGUCGCAAGAAGCAACGCGGACGACCCUGCUCACCGUUCUCAAUUCGGCAAACGCCCUGUAUGCCUCGACAUUCAAUGUCGCCCUGGGUGCCAUCGAGCUCGAUGUACAAGACGCACAAUGUCCGACCACUGCCACCUCUGACGCCCCAUGGAAUUUAGGCUGCAGCUCUUCUGGCUCUGGGUUAGCGCUCGACGAUCGACUUAGCGUUUUCAGCCAAUGGCGAGGCGACAAGGGCGACAGCGAUGGCGCCGGACUCUGGCACUUGCUUACCAAUUGCUCAUCAGGCUCAGAAGUCGGCGUUGCAUGGCUGGGUCAACUCUGUUCGACGACUGCCUCAGCCAACGGUGGCUCUGCUGCGUCAGGCAUCGUAAGUGGUACCGGGGUUACCGCUUCUGUACGGAGCGAAUGGCAAGUCAUGGCGCACGAGAUUGGUCAUAACUUUGGUGCAAUACACGACUGCGCAUCAGGCUGUAGUCUGUCCGGCAGCUGCUGUCCGCUAUCGACGAGCCUAUGCGAUGCUGAUGCCGACUUUAUCAUGUCGCCUGUCUCGACAAAGACAGUCAGCAACUUUUCGCCAUGCUCGCUGGGUAAUGUUUGCAGCUUACUGGGCAGUCGCUUGAACACAAGCUGUCUCGCAACACCGGGCGAGCGCACGUUGAUCUCACUUCAGCAAUGCGGAAACGGCAUCGUGGAGCCAGGUGAGGACUGCGAUCCGGGUAGCAACAGAACCUCGGCUUGCUGCAAUCCGCAGACCUGUAGAUUCACACCAGGCUCUGUCUGCGAUCCCACAACGUCUGCCUGCUGUACAUCGUCUUGCCAGCUCGCUAGCGCGGGCACAGUCUGUCGGGCAGCUCUGUCUGAUCAAUGCGAUAUUGCAGAAACAUGCACAGGCAAUUCGAGUACUUGUCCGGUUGACACCUUUGAGAGCAACGGCAAAAGCUGUGGAUCCAACAAUCUGGCAUGUGCCGAUGGAAUAUGCACCUCGCGCGAUCUACAAUGUCAGCAACAGGGCGGGUCACUCAAUUUGACAGGCGCCUGCAGUGUUCGCACAGACCGCACCUGUUCGCUCGCUUGCACAUCUUCGGAUACGUCCGGCUGCAUCAUCCUCGAUUCGACCUUCGUCGAUGGGACGCCUUGCGGCUAUGGCGGUACAUGUCAGGACGGAGAUUGUCAACGCGGAUCGCUAAGUGCAACCAUCAGUACUUGGUACAGCCAGAAUCUGGCGAUUGCCAUCCCUGUCACUGUCGUGAUCGCGCUCCUUGCAGUGGCAAUUCUGCUGUGGCUUUUGCGAUGCUGCUUUGGACGUAAGACUCGGAGGAGGACGCCCGCUUCUGCAGCCUAUACGAAUGGGUCCAGCCGCAGAAGUACCGGCAGACGACGAGCGAAAGGCGAGAGUCGGACGAGCACCACUGCAAUCGGCCCGCCGAACAUGUCAACGUACAUGGCCCCGCCAGCGCGAGAUAGCACUGAUUCGAGACAGCCCUUUGCACCACCAUCUACCGUUCCGCCAUCAUACCAAUCAUCUGUGCGCGCGCCUGCAGGAUAUCGCAGCUAUCAUCACGGAACCGAGUCAGGCCAGCAAAGCUAUCACGCGCGAUGA